AUGUAUGAAUUGAUAUCGCAGCGUGUAGUAACUAGUCGCAAGACUUUACCAGAAAAUUUAUUAGAGCAACAGUUUGAGGAUAGUCGAGGGACAGAGCUUCAUGAAGCCAUCGAUUUAAGUGACUGGUCGACCGUCCGUCAAAUCACUGAGGAACAUCCUGAAUUGCUAAGUGUGCAGGAUGAUAAAUUUGGUUACACCCCAUUGAUUCAAAUUUUGAGAUCUGAAGAGGCUAUUCCAAGAGAUGUGGUAGCAACCAUAGCAAGCAAAACGCCAACAUCUGCUAUCGAUACCAAAUAUCAAAGAGGAUGGACAGCUCUGCAACUUGCCGCUCAUAAGGGUUUUGUGGACAUUGUCAACGUGUUGAUAGCAAAUGGGGCAGACAAGGACAUUCAAAUGAAGAAAGGGGUGACGGCUCUAUUUGUGAGUGCUCAAAACGGUCAUGCUGAUGUUUGCAAAGUUCUAAUUGACUCAGGUGCAGAUAUGCAUAUUCAACAGGAAGACGGUUGGACGACUUUAAUGACUGCCGCUCACUUCAACCAAUAUGACACGGUCGAAUUGCUUUUAAAUGCUAAAGUUGAUGUAAACCAAGUUAACACGGAUGGCGGCACAGCACUGCAUGCAGCGGCUUUUCUUGGUUAUGCAUCAGUUGUUAAACUAUUGCUAGAUUAUGGUGCAUUGGUUCUUCAGACAAAGGAUGGAAACACACCUCUACAUUCCUGCUUUCUGAACCAACGCCUAAGUUAUGAUCAACAUAGAAAGGUUACCGUAGCGUUUAUGAUUACGGGUCAUAGAGAUAUUGUUUCAAUUAAAAACAGUAAAGGUAAAACUGCAAUUAAUCUAUAUAAAGAACACAAAAGUCAGAAAUAUGAGACAAAACGGAGGUCAGAGCAGAAAGAAGAAUUACUAAAUAUCCUGAAAGGUGGGUCAUUACCGGACAUUAAUUUUAAACCUACAGGAAGGUCUAUUCCUGCAAUAAUUUCUGCUCAUGGACCAGCUGCUGACAAAGUUUACAAUAAAGCGUUGGAAGAGGGCACUGUUGAGGUAAAUCUAGGAAGAAUCAAAGUAAUUGGACAAGAAAGAGUAGGGAAAACCUCUCUCAUCAACGCCUGCCUUGGAAAGCCAUUUAACCCUCAUGAAAAAACUACCAAUGCGAUAGCAACAACCAAGAUUGUAACGAAGAGAGCAGAAGAGCCAAGUAAAUGGGAAGAGAAUCUUACUGAAAGUGGAAGUGCAACUGAAAUGUAUCAAAAGUUAAUGGCAGAGACAGUUAUCAGACACACAGUGGAAAAUUGUGGCGCCGAAAUAAUAGAAGAAACUCCAUCAGAAAAAAUACAAACUACACCUGUAACACCAACAGAAAACCCCAGAAAAAUAUCCGACACAGAAGCUGGUACUACAAAAGAGGAACUAAUACAAUCUGAAGUACGCAAUCCAAGAGAGCAAAUACACGUUUUAGAAACUGAACCUAAAAUGCCAAGAAUACCAAGGGUAAUACGAAAUCAGGUUGAUGAAGGAUUCAGAAAGGGAAUUUAUUACAAGAAACAAGGUUUGGGAGAAUGGCACAACAUAGGAGAGGAGACAUUCAACAUAUGGGAUUAUGGAGGUCAGUUGAUCUACCAUGGAAUACAUAAAAUCUUCAUGACGUUCAUGGCGGUUUAUAUUGUGGUAUUCAAUCUUGAAUCCUGCCUCGAUGAACAUGCUAUAGUUCAAGAUUCAUCAGGAAAGGAGUACCCUCAUCUCUUGACAAACCUUAAGUUCAUAAUAUAUUGGAUCGAGUCAGUUUACACCCAUAGCCGCCAAUUAAUAGAUGACAUGGACGAAGAUAUUGAUUUACCUGCUAUCGUUCUCGUAGGCACCCAUCGUGAUUCCCUUGGUGACAAUGAAGAAGAAAGAGACCGCAAGGUAAAGGAAGCGUUCAAAAAGAUAAGUAAUGAGCUGGAGGGAAAACCAUACGAAUCACACGUUUACCACAAAUACUUUGAUAUCGAAAACAACUGUCAAGAAAUAGAUAAAACUGUUUUCGAGCUAAAGAAUGUACUUGAGGUUCUUAUGAAAACAUUGGUCAAGCCUGUUCCGUUGAAAUGGAUGUAUUUCCGAUGUGAAUUACAGCAGUUAAGAGAUGAAAAUCUAGUUUGUUCACUACAAAAGAGUACGCAGGGCAAAGUCUGUAACGGCCCUGACAAGGAUGAGCUAGAUUGUGUGUGCCUGAAACCAAAACGACCUGUUAAUGGUUUCAUCAAUGCCUUCAUACACGGAAGGAGGCAAACAAGGCUUCUCUCUAAGACUUACCGGACCUCCAGGUUUAAAGCGUCAAUAAGGAAACUUAACAAGACAGGCAUAUUAGAAGAAAAGUUACUCAAAACCCUUUGGAGAAAGAGUGGUAUUGAUUUGAACAACUUUGACACUUUUGUAGAUUUGAUGAAGCAGUUUAGUUUUCUUUGUGACAGAAAGACUCCUGAGGCCUCAGAUGGAGCGCCUUCUUUCUUUGUUCCAUUGCGACUUGCACUUGAACCCCCGACGUCCGGUAAGCAGAGAGAUGUAGACAGUUACGGGACGCGCGCUAUCAGCAUUUUUCAUGGUUUCCGUGGCUACCUGCCUGACGAGUUGUUUCCAAUGAUAGUCACCGAGUUCAUUAACAGGUUUAAAGGGGAAGCAGAACCAGAAUUGGCACAUGAUCGUGCUGAACUCUACUUAGAUCAAUAUCAUCAUGUAGUUUUGUCUGUAGUCACGUUCAACCGACAACGAAUGCUAAAGACAACAAUUUUAAGAAGAGAAGCAAUCAAUGAAGUGAAGAUAAGCCUUGACCGAGAACCUUCUUCAAAAGCAUGUAAAACUGUAUGUAAAGAUUCCUCUUUCAUUUAAAUGACCAAUAGUUGUUAUCAUGUGAUUAUUAUAUUAUUAGAUUAUCACGUGUCAUUACGUAAGUAUUAUUUAAGUAUACUUAUUCUCAUCUUUCAGUUGUGAGAUCUUCAAGAUUUGAUUUAAAUGUCAAAUAAGAAUAAAACUAUAUUAAAUCUGUUUUAUCGAGUUGCUAAUAGGCCGAAUUGUAUUUUGGUUGUGCGAUAUUUAUUGCCUAGUCAUAUUUAGCCUCCGAAAGAAAUAUGUGU